AUGUUAUGCUGUCAAUUUUGGAGGUUAAAGAAUUUGGUUUGAAAACCGGUACGUUUUUGAAUUUGUUACGGAAUGAAAAUGAUAAAACAUGAGCUCACAUAUUGAAUCUGGAGUACAACUUUUUUCGAGGCUGAACAGCAGACCAAUUUUGGAAGGAAUCAACAAAUUUCUCUUCCCAGACGGGGGUCCUUAUCCAAAUCAAGUGAUUGAAAUCACUGGUCACCCAAGAAUCGACAAAAAUGACUUGUUGAUGGACUUUUUGGUGAAAUGUAUCCUUCCCAGCAAAUACAGUGACGAGUUCAAAGGCUCGGGGGCAAUUUUCAUCAACACCGAGUUUCAAAUAAGUCUGUUCAAGAUAAUAAAAGUCAUAGAAACACACUUGACUGCUCGCAAUAUUAAGGAUUCCAAGAAGGAAAUAUUGGAAAAUGCCCUGAAAAACCUCACCAUAUUCAAUUGUUUCAGCUUGGAAGAGUUGGAAGUGACUUUCAUGAGCCUGGAAAGAUUCAUUUAUGCUAAUGAAAAUGUUAGUUUAGUCUUAAUCGAUAAUAUUGCUGCGCACUAUUGGAUUGCCAAGGCAAGUUCAAACAUGUUGAGCUACUUCCAGCACUCCUUGAAGAUGUUCGACAAGGUUUACAGUGUCUUGAAGUCUCUAAAUAUACUGCUCGUAUUUGUGAGAAGCGACAAAGACUGUGAUAAGAAAAGGAGUUCGACGAAUGUAGACUAUAGAAUCGAGAUUCAAGAGAAUACAAAAGCUGGCUUUUGUGCUGUGAUGCAUAAUUUUGAAAAACAAACUACCAGUUCUGUUCUAUUCAAAGUGGAUAUAAUUUUGAAAUUUUGAAGUCCAACUCACAGAUGUUUGCCAAUUUUAUAAUAAUCACUGUGAAAUGAGAAAACUAUUUGCCUCGCAGUGAAAAUGCCGAGUUGUUUUGCUAUGUUGUUGAUUGCAUAUCUCUCUUAAAAAAAGUAAGUAAAAAUGUGCCUUUCAACAAGAUGACAGUGUCGAUGUUUGAAUGUAUUGAUGAUUUAGAUCUGUCAUCUUCAAACUGUUGAAAAAGAAAAAAGUUUCAGUUGUUUACUUCC